CUGUCGGUUUGAAACUGUCAGGACAACAGAAAGUUCCUUUCGCUGAAGCGGUGAUUAACGAGUGGGCUGGAAAUAAGAGAUGUCUACAGAUGAAGACGAGGCCAGUGGUCCAGCCCUGCAGAAGGACUCUGAUCGCUGCAGUUCGAUGUCCUCUGAAUUACAGAAUGAGUAUGAAGAGCUGCUCCGAUAUGCUGUGGUAACCCCCAAAUUCAAUGGCCAUGCUUCGCAACAGCCACACCCCACGCUGGAGCUGUCAGCCAGUGCUCGUCUUUCAGUGUUAACAAGCAAUGGUGGCCCGCAGGACUCUGCAGGGUCAGUGCCUGAACAGGAACACCGCAGGCUUUCUGGCAGCGAGCUGACGUCAGCGAGAGCCACGCCGCUUGAGACCGGCCCUGGGGAACACUCAGGAAGGACUGAAGUUGAGCAGGCGCUCCUCAGGAACUCCGCCGAGUUUGUAAUUGAGCCCGAGGGAGGUUGCACUGCACAGGAGAGCUUCAGGCACAGCAGACCUGACUCCCCAGUAAUCGCGGUCACCAAUAUGUUUGUAUCUGAAGAGAAAAUGAGCCGGAUGGAGAACAUACUCGACACCUGGAGCAACAACCUGAAGGUAAAUGUGAUGACAGAGCUCAGGAAGUGGAAGCUGAGUUUCACUGAACAGCACCGACAGGAGAUGAAAAAAGAGCGUCAGCAACACGCCGCCCACACAGCAGCCCUUGCUGCCCAGAUGGAUGGCCUGAAGGAGCUGUUGAACACCUAUGAGACUUCCAACCAGAGGAAGGAUGAGGUGAUCAGUAACCUGACCCAUGUUAUAGAGAGACAAAGAGAGAGGCUUGAGCUGAUGAGGACAUUCACCCAGUGGAGAAUGCAACACCUUGAGGUCAAAGAGGAGGCACACGGGUCCAGGAUAGCAGAGCAGCAUUAUCGGCUGUAUCUGAAACGAAAGGCAUGGCGGGCUUGGCACUCAAUCAUUGAGACCAAGUGGCGCGAGAGGGUAGAGCGGGCUUGCCGUGCACGGGCCGAGGAAGUCUGCGUGCAGCUCUCUGCAGACUAUGAAGCCAAAAUUGCCCAGCAUGUAGAGGCCUUGGAUAAGGCCAGAGCGGAGAUCCAGCGACUGCACACAGAGAGGGAGCGCUUCGAGGAGUCCAUGAAGAAGGCAUUCAUGCGUGGCGUGUGCGCACUCAACAUGGAAGCCAUGAACAUGUUCCAUGUGGGAGAAUCCAGGAUGGAGCAAGAUUUCGCACCGCCUCGUGACGAGUCCGGUUGCAGCACCUCUGUCCGCUUCCAGCCACAGCCCACCACCUCCGGUUUUAGCCCAGUCCACUUUCAGAGCGACUCACCCCCCACCCACAGUGACUUGUCGCAGGUGACCCCUCAGCCUAGUGCCGGUGCUGGUCUCACUAGAGUAACAGAGGGCUUCCCCUCCACCACUACAAUCAAUACCACACUUCCACCAGGCGCCUCUGCAACAACUCACACAUUGCCUAGUGCACGUGUUGUAACGUCUGGCCAGCAGAAAGCCAUGAAGACCAUUACAGCUCGAAUAACUGGGCGUUCAGACCUUGGGGCCAAGACAGGUCGUGUGUCUGGUGGGAACCUCCAGGUAAUGAGUGUGGUUCCACCCAUGAGCUCAGUGAUUGUGGAGCGUCACCAUCCUGUUACAAAGCUCACUGUGAGCCAGGCAUUGGCAGCAAAAUUUCCCCGGUCAUCACAGCCCCCUGCAGAUCCCUCCAGUAUCCGUAGCUCCUCUCAGAACACCAAGACCAUCAUGUCUUCCCAGAUACACUCCAUCAAGCUGGUUGAGUGACCCUGCUACAAAAAUCAGUGUGCACUCCAUUUUUACCCAGCCAAGAAAUGUGUUCCUCCUUUUCUGCGCACAAGAUGGCAAGAUGAAAGAUCAUCAGCAUCCAUAAACUGUCCAGUAUGAAGGAUGUGUUUUUUGGUAUCUCUAGUACUUUGAAUAUUUACGUUUGUAAUAGUUGAAAAAUACUAUUGUAAUUUAGACUGCUUGUGUGUGUGUGUGUGCGCGCGCGCAUUUUUUUUUUUUUUUUUUUUUUUUUUU